UCUCUCCCUGCACUUUUCUGUGAACACCACUUUUCUCCGUGCGCUUCUUCAGCACAGAAAUGCCAGCCCAGAGUAGAGUUACCACUACUUAAACCCACCUCCUCCAUCAAUUCCGUCUCCCCAGCUUCGUUAAUCGUUAACCCUAAACGACCCAGGGGUUUCGCUUUUCGCAGUACUCCAGAUUUCGAAUCAAAAUGGACGACGCUCCGCUGAAACUCGUCUCUCAAGCAGGCGCCCAACUCUGCCGCCUCUCUCGACCCAACAAGGACUCUCUCCUCAAAUCCCUCAGAGAAGUGGCGGAGUCCUUGGUGCAAAUUCAACAUGCUUGUUCUUCGUCACUCGAAGGUUUGGAGAAAAAGAAACUGGCUAAGAAACAAGCAGCUGCCCUACUUCCCAUGAAGGAAUUUAUAGUCAAGCGAGAAAUUCUUCGCCACGCUGACAGAGAGGUCCAACUCCUGGUCUCCGUCUGCGUCGCCGAGCUUUUCCGGAUUCUAGCGCCGGAAACUCCUUUCGCCGACAAGCAUCUCAGAGAUGUUUUCAAGCUGAUUCUCGGUACGUUCUCGGAGCUUGCUGAUACCGGUAGCCCUUACUUCGGGAGGAGGGCCAGCGUUUUGGAGGCUGUAGCGAGAUGUGAAUGUUGUGUGGUUAUGCUGGAUGUCCAGUGCGGAGAUUUGGUUCUCGAGUUGUUUAAAACUUUCUUCUCGGUUGUGAGGGCAUAUCAUGACAAAAGUGUAAAGAAGAAUAUGUUGCAUAUAAUGUCUCGCAUCUUAAAUGAGGAGCCUUCUCAAAGACUUGCAGACGUGAUUUUGCAGAAUCUUAUAAAGGAAGAAGAGGGUCCGUCCCAGCUUGCUGUUUACAUUAUCCAAAAGUGUGAUUAUGAACUGGAGCCGUUUGUUCGUGGCUUCUUCAAUUCUUGCUUCUUGAACAGAGAUGCAGUUGAAAAUGAUCUGAAAGAAUCUUACCAUGUUGUUCUGUAUGAAGUUUACAAAUGUGCACCACGUAUGCUUCUCACUGUCAUCCCUUACUUGUCUGAAGAACUACGGACUGAUCAGGUUGAUGUGCGAGUAAAAGCUGUCAAUUUGCUUGGAAAACUACUUGCACUACGCGGGGACCAGUUUGCACGGGAACAUCAUGACCUUUUCACAGAGUUGAAAAAUAGGUUUUCUGAUAAAUCUGUUGACGUUAGACGGAGUGCUCUGCACUGUGCCAGAGCUUUUUACAUUGCUAAUCCAUGCUGGAAGGCAUCGGAAGAGAUUCUUUCUGCCUUUGAAGGCCGAUUGCUGGACUUGAAUGAUGAAGUAAGAGCACAAGCAGUUGUCAUUAUCUGUGACCUAGCGAGUUCUAAUCUGGAAUCAUUUCCUCCUGGACUUGUAGUAACUGCAACUGAAAGGCUGAGGGACAAGAAGCUCUCUGUUAGAAAGAAAGCAUUGGCAAGGCUGAUGAAACUGUAUCAAGAUUAUUGUAUCAAAUGUUCUCAACGCCUUAUGGCCAUUACAAAUCACUUUGAACGUAUUCCGACUGAAGUGUUGAUGCUUUGUUGUAUAGACAGCAAGGCAUUCAGGUCUCAAACUACGGAGCAUACUUUAUGGGAGGAUUUAUUUCCAGCUAAUCUUUCUGCUGAAGAGAGGACUAGACAUUGGGUGCAUAUCGUGUCUCUUUUCACUCCUCUUCAUUGGAAGGUCAUGGCCUCUGUUCUGUCUAAGCAAAACAGAUUACAGACAGAAAUGCGGACAUAUUUAUCUUUGAGAAAGAAUGAGAAGGAAAAUACUUCGGAAGUGAUGCAGAAGAAUAUAAAGAAGUCCAUUUCAAAGAUGUCAGCAUCAUUUCCUGACCCUUCCAAAGCACAAGAAUGCUUUUAUAUCUUGAACCAAUUGAAAGACUGCAAUGUUUUCAGUACUCUGGAGUUGUUACUAGAAGAUUUGACGAUUGAUGAUUUACAAAUGAAGAGGAAGGAAUUUCUGAAACUGGUGGGAGAUAAACACCCACAGCUUGAUUUUCUACAACUGCUGUCUUUGAAAUGCUCUUUUAGCAUAUUCAACUCGGAGAUUAUACGCUGUGUUUUGGUUCAUCUUUCCAGCGAGGGGCUUGAAAUCGAGCAAAAGAAGGCUUCUGCCAAACUCAUUCUGGCCGUCGUCAGCAUUUUCCCCUCUCUCUUAAGGGGUUCAGAAACGGAAGUUCAGAUGCUGUUAGAGGAUGAUACCCUAGCAGGGGAGCUGGUUGAAGUUCUUGCAAAAGCAGGUUCUCAUAUCUUUGUUGAAUUUAGUGAUUUCGACGCUUUCUUAAGAAGGCAAUGUAUAGAAGGGACUCGUGUGGUUUCAAAGCAUGCUGUUUCAGCAAUAGCUUCAAUGGCUGGUACUUCUGAGCAAGUUAUUUUAUCACAACUUUGCGAGGAACUUGUAAAUUCUCUACGUUGUGGGUGGAAAACUUCGACUGUGCUACAGUCUCUGGGCUGUAUUGCGCAGCAUUCUUUAUCGACAUUUGAGAUACAUGGCGAAGAGAUCAGAUCUUAUAUAUUCAACAUAAUUUUCAAAUUAAGCCAAUCUGAUGGUCCAGCUUGUUCUGAGGAGAGAUUGAACUGCAGUGAUUGCUGUCAGCUGAAGAUUUUUGGCCUGAAAACACUUGUCAAGAGCUUUUUGCCACACCAAGGAUCUCAUUUCAAAUGGGCAAUUGACAAAAUGUUGGCCGUUUUGUUAAAAAUGCUGCAGACAGGUGACACAUCUGAUGGAGUCUUUACAUGUGAAAAUGACAAGCUAUCUAUCAGAUUAGCGGCUGCAAAAUCUAUUCUCAUGCUUUCAAAUAGAUGGGAUUUACAUAUCUCUCCUAAGAUAUUUCAGUUGACAACUUUGAUGGCAAAGGACUCUUCUCCCGUAGUUAGAAAGUCAUUCCUUCAUAAAACACACAAACUACUGAAGAAGCAUGCCAUACCUGUUAGGUAUGCAUGUGCUUUUGCAUUGGCUGCACAUGACCCCUGUGAGGAUCUGCGAGAUGCUUCAUCUAAAUACAUGGGAGAUAUUAUCAACGACUAUGUCAGAGACUCCCAAUUCAACCAAAAAUCUGCGGGGCAAAGAGAAACAUUUACAGGCGACCCUGCAUAUAUGGUUGUAUACUUGAUCUACAUUCUAGCUCACGAUGAUAGCUUUCCUCUGGAAGAGUGUCAAGAUGAACGAGUUUAUGCUCAGUUCUGUAGUCCACUCUUUUGGGUUAUACAGGAAUUAACAAGGGGAAGCCAUGUGAAGGACCGUGUGGAUGUUGCUAAUGGUAACAUCUCACGUCUGCUCUGUGUGUUCUAUGCAAUAAAAAAAGCAGAAGAUGCCAUUGAUCCUCAGGGAACUCCAAAACUUCGAAUUCUAGCAGAUAUUGGGAUCUUAAUGGUGAAGUCGUUGCAACAUAAUGCCUUGCCCGUAGAACUUACACAAGGGCCAGUGUUACUCCCAUCAUCACUUUAUAAAUUAAGUCCAGUCGACUUGAAAUAUGUCAGUGGCUCUUCUGAUCGUCAGGAUUUCCUCAAUAGACUUAUUCCCAUUCAGAAGUCUGGAAACUUCAUGCCUGCUGGCCACUCUAAUAAACGUAGUAGGGAUCUUCAAGAAGAUAAGCCGCGAUCUUGUGGGACUGAGAAUAAUGCUUUAGUUGUGGUGUCUCUCCCAUUGCAAUCCUUGAUUGCUCCAGAAACCCAAGGAAUUGUUGCUGCAGAUGUGUCUUUGGGACAAAUGUUAGAAUAUGCCCUGUCACCUGAUCUGGAAUCUGAGGGAUUAUGUAGCAACCAUACUGCAACUGAGAUCCAGCUUGGUUGUGCCUCUACAUCUUGCAAUCCUAUAUCUUCCACUGAUUCUGCAACUGUAUCACCUUCUAUGCUGCAGCCUGAAGCACUGAACCAAAAGUCAGAUGGAUAUGUUCAAUCUUUGGAAGAUACUUGUGUAAGCACUUAUUUGUUCUUAAUCUUCCAGGUCGUAGGCUGAGUUAUGUCUAUCACAUUGUUCAGGGUCUCAUGUAUUGUGCUCUACAACAGAUAUUCAAUCGUGAGGGAUCGAUGUCGAAGCGCAGCAAAUUAUCAUCUGCAGUUAAUACGCGCUUCUCCAAGGACAUGAUUGUUGGUUUUGCUUCUAACCACAAUAUUCACAAGACAUCUGCUUAUGAUACUGGGGAGAUGGACUUGUUAUGCUUGGAGACAUGCGAGAAGGCCAAGAAUAGUUCCUCAAUGGAAAAGGAGAACAUGUCCACGGAAGAGUUGUAUGCCAAAGAAUCUAGCCACUGUGAACUGCUGGCUUGCCCUUCUCUCAAUGUGCUAAAAGAUUCGACGAAUAGCAGUGGAGUUGUGGCCAAGAAGUCAACAAAGGUGUUGGCAAAUAAUGACACUGCCUCGUUUACUGGAGCCAAAGGAAAGAAGGAGCGCGAUGUUGCCCCUAGCAAAACAACAGGAGAAGUAUCCCAAGUUGUCAGGAGGUCGAAGCGACUGAAGAAAUGAUUCGUCUCUCGCCCUCUUCUUGGCACUGCAGUGCACAGUUAGGAAAGAAAUAGGCGGCGGCAGCAGCAGCAGUGUAAUUAUAGUAUCUUCUGUUGCGUGUUACUUACAGGCUAAGAUGGAGUAGUUUGUAGUUUGGUUUUCCCUUCAUCUUUUGGUGGCUCCACGAAACGAUGAUAAGGAGAGUACUAAAAUAAUUUAAAUAGCUUAACUUUUUAUUUUUAUUUUUUGUGCAUAAUGCUAACCAAAAUUUAUGUUUAUUAAAAUACAUAUUUUGAUAGCCAAGUUCCUAUUAGUUGACCUUAAAGUGGCGGAUGAAAUGUUGAGGUCGCGCGCAUGUAUUUGAUGUGGCUGAUAGCUUGCUGAGGUGAUUGAAUAAUUUCUUUGUUAACAAAAUUAAAUAGCCGAACUUUUUAUUCAGCAAGAUAAUUGUUACGAUGUUGAGGGAGUUCUUGCAUCCUGGCGUAAAUUAUUGGAGGAAUUAUUCGGCUGGUCUCUUUCAUUCCACUUUAAUAGACUUUAGCACUCGAGUCAUUGGACUGCUCAUAGAGUAACAUGUAAAAUUCUUAUUUACUUUGUAUUUGUUAGAAUUGGUG